AUGGGUAAUCGACCCCAGGGUGCGAGGAAAAUGUUCUUGAGUGGAAUGAUCGUAUACAGUAUAAUCAUGAUAUACACCACCUUUGCUGGUUUAUACGUCGUCAUUCGUCAAUUCACUGCAAAGGAGAACAAAAGCAAGCUGACUCUGGGACAAAACGUAUUCACUAACGUGAUUGUAUCGACCCUGUCAACAAUUGGUCUAUACUUUGUCAUGUCAUUCAUCUACCUUGACCCCUGGCACAUGUUUACCUCAUCUGCCCAAUACUUUGCCCUUUUGCCCAGCUACAUCUGUACGCUUCAGGUCUAUGCCUUCUGCAACACUCACGAUGUUACCUGGGGUACAAAGGGAGACAACGUCCUACACACUGACCUUGGUGCAGCACGUAUCACAGGCUCCUCAACAGUCGAGCUUGAAAUGCCCUCUGAGCAACUCGAUAUCGACAGUGGAUACGACGAAGCAUUGCGCAAUCUUCGAGACAGACUCGAAGUCGAGAAACCACCCUUAUCCGAGUCUCAGAUGCAAGAAGAUUACUACCGUGCUGUCCGAACAUACAUGGUCUCUGUAUGGCUGAUUGCCAACGCUAUACUAGGCAUGGCCGUGACAGAGUCGUACAGCAGCAAGCACAUUGGAAGUAACGGUUACCUAGCCUUUGUACUUUGGAGUGUUGCUGGUCUAGCCGUGUUCCGUGGCAUUGGUUCUACAGCCUUUGCAAUACUCAACCUCGUCCAGAUGAUUGCUGAGGGCAAGAUGAAAUUCAGCGCUGGCAAGUUCACUAUCGGUAGUAGUUCAGGAAGCACAAGUGCUCCCAGUUCGAUUGGAAAGAGGAUUCCGCACAGAAGUAUCAAGCAUAAAGUUACUGACUUCUUUACCGAAACUGGCUGGACUAUUCAGCGGCACUUCAACAAGGUAGCCUACAAGGCAGCCUUCUGGAGGAGAUGA